UGAAAUGUAGUGUCUGGUCAUGGCGGCUUUCCUACCUGGUACAUCAUCUUCGGGACGGAUAGCUGAUAAUCGUAUCUUCCUAUUCCGCCUACAAAUGCUAAUUAUAGAUGGCGGACUUACAUGUUUAAGAAAUUAUGUAGAUCAGAAACUUGCAGCCCAAUCAUUAACUCUUAGUGCAUGCCUUAUUAAUGAAAAGGCACAAAUCAAUUUUCUAAAGGGACGAAAGAUAAUAACACAGGUGCAAUAUGAUUUAUUGUAUCCAUCGCCAUCGAGUGGCACUGUUUCAACGUCAGAUUUGGACAUCACACUCAUCAUUUGUCUUAUGAGAAAUCUGAAGUGUUUCAACUUAAACACAAAGUUUAAGUGGGACACUCAACCAGCACAGAAUGACACUUCAAUUGAGGCAGACAUUUGUAGGCUGAAGUUCUUCAGAAACGAAAUUUGUCAUAUAUCGACCACAACGGGGAUACAACAUAAUGACUUUAUACAAAAGUGGAAUGAAAUCGAACAGGUAUAAGAUAAAUUAUAUCUUGG